AUGUCAGCCGAAGACUGGGUAGCCGAGUGCGAGACGCUCGUGAGCCGACGCGACCACGGCCUAGCAUACCGCCGACGGGGAGACGGGCCUACUGUCCUUCUACUCCAUGGCUUUCCGACCUGGUCAUACGACUACGCCUCCGUCGCGACAGACCUGGCCCGAGACCACGAAGUGAUAACGCUGGAUUUCCUCGGCUACGGUGCUUCCGACAAGCCCAACCCUUACCAAUACUCCGUCGAUGAGUCUGCCGACAGCGUUGAGGACCUGCUUGACCACCUGUCCCGACCAUCGGUGUACCUCGUAGUGCACGAUUACGGCGGUAUUGUCGGCCAGGAGCUCAUCGACCGCCACCAGAAAGACAAGCUACCCUUCGGGAUCUCGGGGAUAACUGUGUUGAACUGCGGGAUAGUCUACAGUGCUUACCGGCCGACGCUGCUGCAGAGGGUGCUCAACAUUCCUGUAGUAGGCAAGUUCGUGGCAGGGCGCGUCACUGCGGCGCAAGCGCGUGCUCUUCUGGGUGGGAUAAUGGGGAGGGAAAAGCUCAGCGACGAAGAGUUUGCUAAUCUGUGGCACGGCAUGUCAUUGAAGGAUGGGCACAAGCUGGCGCACUUGCUCAUUGGGUACAACAACGAGAGGGGGGUGCACCACAAGCGGUGGGAGGCUGCCCUCUCCGAAUGGAAGGGUCCGUUGCAACUAGUUUGGGGUCUUGAUGAUCCUGUCUCGGGGAAACAUGUUCUUGAGGAGGCUAAGGAAGGUCUUCCUGAUGCUUCUAUCGUGGAGCUGGAGGGCGUGGGCCAUUAUCCGCAGGUAGAGGCGCCCAAGGCAGUUGCAGGGGCGAUUCGGGAAGCAGUUGGGCGACGGAGGCAUGACAGCACGCAAACUUGA